AUGUCAGAUGCCAGUCUCAUCAUUGUUGACUCUCCCGUGCACGCACCAGGGGUGUCAGUGAUCGCACUCAACCGCCCAGAGAAGCGUAAUGCCCUCUCGAAGGCCAUGAUCACCGAGUUUCUUGGAGCUCUCUCUCGAGUCUCGGCUGACUCAAACACUCAAGUCAUAGUCGUAACUGGACGCGGCUCUUGCUUCUCGGCUGGUGCCGAUAUCAAGGAGAUAUCGACGAUGGAUGCAGAAGCAGCUAGAUCUUGUCGUUACCUGGAAGAUCUGUGCCAUGGCAUGGCUGCUGUGAGAAAGCCUAUCUUGGCAGCAGUAGAUGGGCCUGCACUUGGAGGUGGUUUCGAGCUUGCCAUGAUGUGUGACUUGAUCUAUGCAUCGCCACGUGCAAAGUUUGUGCUCCCCGAGGUGAAUCUCGGUCUCAUCCCCGGAGCGGGAGGCACCCAACGGCUCACGUCUGCCUUGGGGAAGUUCAGAGCCAUGAAAGCCAUCCUGCUUGGAAACCCGAUCUCGAGUGAAGAAGCUUUGUCUAGUGGGCUGGUCUGCGACAUGUUUAAGGAUGGGCAAGUAUUGGACAAGACUAUCGAAGCUGCUGCGCAGCUCGCAGCUCGAGGUAGUGUUGCCGUUCAAUUGGCUAAGGAAGCUAUAUGCCGAGGUUUGUUGACAUACUAUGUCUCAUAUUUUGGACUGAAGCUAAUGGCCUGCAGCUGA